AUGGACCGCAGCCUGGACGAGAUCAUCGCUGAAGACACGCGCAACCCCGGUCGCCCCUCUGGUGGCCGCCGCAACAACAACCCGGGCCGUCGUCGUGACCGUGAUGGCGUUAGAAAGCCAUACACUCAAGACCGCGUUGACUUGAACCUCGACUGGGUUCAUGAUAAGUUCGACGAUGACCGAUCCCGCCCUUCCCAUGUCUCCCGCCGAGGCCGUGAUGGACCCGGCUCUGACCGCACCUCCACAUUGACCAAAGUCCGUGUGGAAAACCUCCACUACGACAUUACCCAGGCCGACCUUGAGGAUCUCUUCGGCCGCAUUGGACCCGUUUCUGACCUCUCUCUUUCUUACGACCGCGCUGGACGCUCCGAAGGCGUCGCUCACAUCACAUACGCCCGCCUGAAGGAUGCGCACACCUCAAUCCAAGAGUUCGACGGUGCCAAUGCCAAAGGCCAGCCAAUUCGUCUUUCCCUCGUUCCCGGCCGCCGAGAGCGCAACCCGUUCGAUAGUGUGCAGCACCCCAAGUCCAGCCUCUUUGACCGCGUGGAGCGUCCCCGUGAUGGCCGCAGCUUGAGCCCCCGAUCCGACGACGAGGGUGGCCGACGCCGUCGUGGUGGUGGCCGUCACCGCAGCGAUGUCACCAAGCCUGCCCCUGAACACAUUGACCGCUAUGUCCCCGGCGAGCACUCUCAGCGCUCUGGACGUUCCCCUCGCCGGAAUGGAGGAGGCCGACGCAACGGGCGGGAACCCCGCUCUCAACCCACCGAUGGAUCGAACCGUCGCUCGAACGCUCGCCCUCGCAAGACCCAGGAAGAGCUGGACCAAGAGAUGGAGGACUACUGGGGUACUGCCGGUGGUGGCGACCAAGAGGCUGCCCCUGUUCAGGAUGCCCCCCAGCAAGCUGCUCCGGCUACCAGCGCACCUGUCGCCGACCACGAUAUCGACAUGAUCGAGUAA